UUUUUAUCAUCAUAUCUGUUAACUUUUCAAUUCUCUUACAUUUGAUUCGAUAACAGAUCUUGUGUGAUUCGGGUAAUCGGAAUUAAAUCAUAAUCGAUACAUCAGUAUCUUGCCUCAGGCUUAACAGCAGAAGAAGGAGAUUAUGUAACGAGUAAUAUCUUGGAGAGAUAGCAGAAAAAGUCAGUGUGCCGGCAGAUAAAAUAGUGCAUUCCGACUCGUCAUUCAUACGCUUACUUAACAAGGUUGUAUAUCAUCAAACUACUUCUAAAUACAAGAGAUUAUAAUUUACAUCCGUGAGGGAAGCGUGCUAUGAAUAUACUGUAUCCUGUGAAUCGUUUAUAGCAAUACAACUUGUUGCAAGCCGAGAUUACAAGCCGUGCGACGUGCGACGUUACACAAUAAGCAAUAGAGUGCAUUAUGUGCACUACACUGAUUUUAAUUAUUCUCCCUAUAUGGAUUUUUCUUUGGUUUAACAAACACAUGAAAGGACAGCUCUCGCAUUAUCUUGACAUACAGUUUGUCUUAAAACGAUGGUGGGCUCUCUGGUGUAUCUCAAGGCAGAACAAAAACAAAAGUAAACUCAAAUAUGGUAAAUUGUUCAAUAUAAACAAAAUCUGGAAACCAUACACGGAUAACCCAAAGAUUAUUAUCGAUGAAAAUAGUUGUGAUAGCAUAUCUUUCUGUGGUGCUGAUCAGAAAGGUAAUUUAUUAUUCAUUAAAAUGAAUCAUAGAGGACAUCGCAUAGUAGAAUUAAUCUUGCAAUUAAUCUUAUCAGAUGGCCGAAUUUAUAUGCUACCUGAUCAUCCUGAUAAAACUAUGACGAAAGAGACAAAUGAAAAAUGGUCAGCAUCGGGUUUAAAAAUUGAAUUAUUAGAACCACGACAACGUUGGAGAAUCACUUAUAAUGGUCUUCUUUGGAACCAGUGUCCAGGAGAUACAUCUAACGAAGACAAUGUCGAACAUAUUCGCUUAAAUUUCAUAUUUAUAGGAAAGCCUCGAUCAUUAGAAUGGCCAGAUGACUGGAGUACUCAUUUGCAUGCAGAUGCUUUAGCACGUGAGCCAUGGAAAAGUCCCGACUGGAUGCAUAAAAUUAAAUUAAUAGAUUAUACAGGUUUCGAUCAAUGGGGAUCCAUUAUUGGACAGAUAACGUUUAAAGAUUCAAGUAUAAAUGAACUGUAUCUACGAGGACUUUGUCAGCGACGUUGGGGUAAACACGAAUCUCAUCAAUUUCAUCAAAUCAUCACAUUUUUUGGUGUAACAAAGCAUGGAGCGAUGUAUUAUCUUGGUGUAAACGAUACCAAAUACAGUUUUUCACACAUGCAGUUUGGCCAUCUUGAGGAAGCGGGAGGAAAGAUAUCUAAAAUUGAUUGGACCGAUUUAAAAUUAAGUGAUUUUGAAAAAGAAAAUGCUGUUCGUACGACCUACAAGAUUGCGUUUACAGCGGCUGGAAAAAAUUACGACGCCAUCAACUACACAGUAGGCGAUGCAAUUACCUAUUACAAUGGUCCGUCUUGGGCAUGUACAACUCGUAAUCUGCAUGUACAACUAAACGGCAGCGAAGGUAUUGGACUGAUGAUUGUGUGCUGCCCAUGUACGAGAGCGACGCAAAUCAAGAGAACAGACCUCCCUAUCGACCUCCCAAUCUACAGAAUCCAAUACUUGACACGAAUUGACACAUUUGCACAAAAAGAUAGAUACAUCGUACAUUUUGCUGAUAAACAAUGUCAAAAUGAAAAUAUUGUCGGAGGAAAGGCAUAUUCUCUUGCAGUUUUGACAUCUAUUAUUACCAAUGAUUUUAUAGUACCCCAAGGUUUCUGCGUAACGAGUUUCGCUCUGGAACAGCAAUUGCAUCAUCACAAACAAUUGCAGGAAUUGAUCAAUGAUAUAGUAAACAUUAGUCGUGGCAAAAAGAAGGAAGAUCUCAAGACUUAUUGUGAAAAAACAGUGUCUAGUAUUCGGACUACUCCUGUCGAAAAACAAAUUGAACGAGCAAUAUUGGAGGGCUUGGAAGGAUUGGAAAGGUCUGUAAAUGGAAAAAAUGUAUGCAACUUGUAUGCCGUAAGAUCGAGCGCUGUUGGAGAGGACGGCGAGGAAACUUCGGCUGCUGGUCAAAACUCAACGUAUUUAGGCGUGAAGAAUGCGAAUGACAUUAUCAAUUGCGUUGCUAAAUGCUGGGCAAGUCUAUUCUCAUAUCAAAGCGUCGAGUACAGACGACAGAAUGGACUACCGAUAAAAGUAUCCAUGGGCGUUUGCAUUCAGAGAAUGAUCGAUGCGGAAGCGGCUGGCGUUAUGUUUACUAGACAUCCUACAACUGGUGAUCCAUCUAGCAUUACUAUCGCAGCGAAUUACGGCUUGGGAGAGACGGUAGUAUCUGGGACGGUUGAGCCUGAUACUCUGACGAUUCAUAGGAAAUUGGACGACACUCUAGUAAUAAGUGACUCGUUGGUAGGGAGCAAGAGACAGAAGUUAUCACUGAAGGACGAUGGUGUGACUGAAUGCACUUUGAAUGAACAGGAAACUAUGAAUAUAUCGAUAUCUGACGCGACCGCUCUGCGAUUAGCUAAAAUAGGAUUGCAUUUGGAAUCGCUUUUUGGAUCCGCUCGAGAUGUGGAAUGGGCGAUUGUCGGCGAACAGAUUUUUCUUUUGCAAGCACGACCCAUCACUACCAUUAACACAUGGACAGACUUCGAAUUAAUGCACGAGUUAGACUCGCAGGUUCCUCCCGAUGUCGAUCUUAUAACUUUUGCCAAUGUCGGAGAAGUAUUUCCACGUCCCAUUAGUCCUUUGUCGAGCUCUACCAUUAUAAAAGUAUUGAACUUGGCGAUUGGCGCUAAAUUCAAUUGUGAUUGCACGUAUCUUCAUUUGAUUAAUAUGAGGUGCGCGAUGAAUUACUGCAACUCUGCUUUGCAAGAUGUUGACAAAGAGAUAACGAUAGCGAAUAAAAUGGUAGAUGUAGCUAUAUGCGGACGUGUAGUAAUGACAUCCGAAAUACAUCAGCUCGCGGUACAAAAGUACGGUAUCGUAAGCGGAUGGCGGAAAAUGUAUUUGAUGUACGAUAUGUUUAAAACAAUGUGGAUGAGUGACGCGAUAGUAAGGGCUGCGACCGACAUGUCUAAUAAAUUUAUUUUGAAUGCUAACGAAUUCGAUACACCUCGUAACUUAUACAAUGAUAUAAAUAAAAAGUACAAAGAAAUCUAUCUAAUAGCGCAAUGCCAUAAUAUAGCGUCCAUGAUAAACGUCUCUUAUCAGAUGAUAGCGAUGUUGCUUUUAACAAAAGGAAGCGACAAUUUUACGUCCAAUCAUCUUGCGGAUAUCGCUGUUUUGCUAAGUUCGUGUACCAAUGUUAUCAGCACCGAAGUACCAAUAGCCCUGAGCAAAAUAGCGGCGUGCAUCAGAAAAAACUGCAAAUCGGAAGAAUUUAGUAAAAUCGAGCCCGCGGAAGCUAUAGAUUGGUUGAAAUUGAAUUGUCCACCGGCCGCGGAAAAACUGUGUGCCUUCUUUGACAUGCAUGGUCACAGAUGCGUUCAAGAAUUAGAUUUGUUCGCAGAACCUUGGAUAUUUAGAUCUGAUAGUAUCAUUAGUACGAUUCAGACGCAAGCAAUGUCUCCCGAAAAGAAUUAUGUGAGCAAAAUGCUUAAUGUACAGGAAACUAUCGCGUCUUUAAAAACGCCCAUGUCAUCGUUCACUAAAUGGCUCCUACAGCUUGUGAUACCUCUUUGUCGAAAAGCUGUCACACGCAGAGAAAUGACAAAAGACAGGAUUGUAUCUGCUGUGCAUACAUUGAGAUUAGCUUAUAAACAUCUUGGUGUCUUGAUGGUUGCAGAAAAUUGCAUACCUGAUGAAAAUCUCAUUUUCUUUUUGACACACCAAGAGAUCGGGCAACUCUUGAACAAUCACAACUCGUUACUCGUGCGAAAAGCACUCCGUAGAAAAAAAAUUUAUCAGCAAGCAGUAAAAUUGGAAUAUCCAGAAUUUAGCGUUGGCAUGCCUAUACCAGUACAGAAGACGCUCGACGCCUCAUUUUACGAAGGAUGUACAAAGAUUGAAGGUACUUCAAUUUGCGGUGGUUCAUGGGUAGCUAGAGCAUGCGUGAUAACCGAUCUAUCCGAAGCAAAAAAUAUACAACAUGGAGAUAUUUUGAUCACACAUUGCACCGACAUUGGUUGGAGUCCGUACUUUCCAUUAUUGGGUGGAAUUGUGACAGAAUUGGGCGGUCUUAUAAGCCAUGGUGCCGUCGUAGCGAGAGAAUACGGUCUUCCUUGUAUUGUUGGCGCUAAAAGCGCAACGCAAGUGUUUCAGACAGGCGACACUGUAUUAUUAGCUGGAGAUGUUGGCGUGUUACAAUUAAUUAAAAAAGUGAGCAAUAAUGAAAAAUAGAUAGAUUUCCAUUAUUACAUUGGGAUUGCAAAUAUAACUUGGAUAAUAUAGAUUGUAUUUGAAACAUAAUAAAUAUUCUGUCGAAAGAGAGAGGGAGAAUGAUA